CGGGGGGCGAAAAGGGGAGAGGGACUGACGGGUAUAGCUGGUCCUGGUACGGAAAGCAAACGACGGUCGCGCAAAGUCUCGAUGAACCCACGACGGCCACAACGACCACGACGUUGUUCAAGAAGGUGAAGAGAGUGCUGGAUGGCUGUGUCGCGGCCUAUGACUUCGAGGAAGAUGCCGCGGCGCAUCCGGGAACAGAUGCGGCGGUGUACAAGUCGACAGGUAUUUCCUCCUCCGGCGUCCCGACCGUCGCGCAACCGCUUGUGUGCGCGGGGAACCAGAAGAACAGUAAGGAGACCCUGAAAACGAGGGUGGGCACCGGCGGAGAGUACAAAUCGUUGCUCUUCACCCGGUAUUUACAGGAGGGCGGGUACUGCAGCGGCCCGGCCUUUGACAUGCCACAGGAUGACGAGAGCCGGACCGUGGUAGUUUGGUUCAAGCCGAAGAUCGGGCCCGCGUAUCACACCCCGGUUGGGAACGAGGAGUCGGCCACGUCCGGGCCGGUGGCCUACGGGAACGGGAUUCCGGGCCAGGGUUGCAAUUCCCACUUCGCGUUGUGGAUCAGCGGGUUUGGGGGGAAUUUGUACUUUGGACUAAACUGCCAGGACCCGGGUAAUGCGAAGGACGGGAACACGGGGUUUAACCCGGUGAAAACCAACCUCCCGGAGAGCUGGAUCCACGUGGCGUUCAGCUACAAUAAGAGCACCAACAAGUUCAAGCACUGGUAUAAUGGCGGUUCUAUGAAGGAAAAAACCGCCAGUAUGCCCCCGCACACGCGAACGUGGAACUUCGGGAAAAAUUGCAUCGGUGCGGGCAUCCAAACCUGCUUCACUGACUUGCAACGCGCAGACGGGUCUUUUCUUUCAACCAGCAAGGCCUUUUUCGCCGGCGAGAUCGCGUCUUUCCACAUCUACGACCGGGAAUUGUCCGAAACCGAAAUCAACUGGGUCAAGUCCCACACCGGGCCGGGUGGGGCGCCGGAGUACAUCUUCUCGUCCGGGUUGGAAGCAACCAGAGGUCUCGUAUUGUGAGGAAAAAUCCCCCCUCCCCAUAUCGAAAGCGAAAUUUGUGUUGCUGUAUUUGAGUACACAAAUCGCAUUUGUCUUGCUGGAGAGGACUGCGGACCCAUAUCAAGCCUGAGUAGAGAGGCUUUGACUUAGGCGCUUAGCAUGAAAAGCCUCCGUGAUGUUGGCUCAACAGCAUGACAAACCGCCUCCAUAAUGGGGCGGAAGCUGCUGCCCUUGUCUUCUUGCAACACAAACGUGAUUUGUGACCUCAAAUCAGCAACACAAAUUUUCGAAAACCUACCGCUUCAAUAUGGGGAGGGGGGAUUUUUCCUUGCGAUAUCUCGCGGGGUUGGGGAGGUUCCCCAUGGAGCAGCUGCUGGGAAAUUCCGAGCUGUAUGCAAUGCAAAAGCAUCGUACUAGUAUAAAUUGCAUUACAAAUUGGCCCAGCACUACAAAUCGAAUUUGUAAUGCUGAUUUACCUUGAGAAAGAGAUUUGUAAUGCAUAAAUGCAAUUACUACGAGUACGAUACUUUUGGACAGGAUAAGCUGAUCGCUUCGACGAUAACGACAUCGACGACAGCUGGUACUACAACUUCCGCCACCUCCGGCUACUGCGACUUCCACGAGAAAUGCACGGACGUUAACAGCAAGUUCCACUGCUUUGAACGCGUCCAGCCUAUGGGAGACACGAAGCACCCUGGAUUUACGAACACCCCGCAGAACGUUUUGGACUAUGAGAGUACUGGUACUAUCCCGCCAACCUACGGCUUCGAGAUGACGUUUGCAAAUUACGGGAAGAUGAAAGGAAUCUGCGGACAAUACAUCAACGGCGUGGAGAAUUAUUUGCCCGAUCUGAGGGGCAAACUCACGGGGAACAAGUUUGAUUGUAUGAACAUCUGCAGAAACAUGGGCGACAUCUGCCGCGGCACCACCGGCCACAAAUACGGGAACGGGAACGACGGGACAGAGUCUGAUGGAAAAGUGUUCUGCGAGUUGGAGCUUCAAACCUGCGACGUGCCGGCGGAAGUACUCGCAAAAGUUCCAGCGGAAUUGCACGAAUUGAAUUGCAAUCCGAAUGUCCCCGACCGGAAACACGACAUCUACCAUGUGAGAUCCAGUGGCAACCAGCCGGAGUGCUGGCGGAAGGUAAUCUACCAAGCAGGGCCGAAUUCCGCUUUGAAUUCCUACGAGUUCCCGUUUGAGGAUUUCGUGACGAAGAGCUACAGCACCGACGUAAAGUACUAUGCACUGCAAAUACGUCUGGGUCUGGAAAGCUGGCCUUUGUAAUGCAUAUCUUGCAUUCCUGAAAAUAAAAUCUGUGUUGCACGAGCGGCAAAAGAGCAGCUUGCUUUGUCAUGCAGAGAUGCAAUUUGUAAUGCGUGCUAGAGAUCAGAAAGCGUUCAAAAAACCAGUCAUGCUUGGCUGCCAUUGCAAUCGUUUCACUCAUGCGCGUUUCAGCAUCACAGGUUUCCAGACCCAGACGUUUUUGCAGUUGAUAAGCACACGCGUGACACCAUUCCGAAAUCCAACCCGUCCUGGGCGUGGAAGGACUCGCUGGGGUUCAGCGAAGAGUAUAAGAAAAUCGCGAAAACCGCACCUAUAUGCUCUGCAAAAGUAUCGUACUCGUACUAAUUGCAAUCAUGCAUGGCAAAUCUUGUUUCUUAGCCAAAUCAGCAUUACAAAGAACUCCAUUUUUCCUUCUGAAAAAACUUGUAUUGCAAUUUACACUACGUACGAUGCUUUUGCAAUGCAUACACUAAAUCCUCCUUCGAUUGCACCCGGGACGCGAUCUUGGUGUACAGCCAGAACACCGAUUUCGCCAACAGUAAGGUGACGCAAAAGGCCUGUCUGCAGCUCUGCACGGAGUUUGGAAAGGGGCUGUGUGCGGGAGCGGUCCACUUUUAUGAUGAGACAGCAGAAAAAUCAAAGUGUUUCCUUAUAAAACAGUCUAAAUCCGAUGUUCUUCUCGGCGCGACGCUCCAUUCCGUCGGGAAAAGCGCUUUGGGUUCCUACUGCGAGGACAACGGGACACAUCGGUGCUUCUUCCGGGAUGUGAACACCGAUUUUGCGCUGGAUGCGCCCAACGGGAUUAGCAACAUCUUUCUCCCGAUCUUGAACAGUGAAAGUACUACGGAAGAGCAGUUUUUGACAAAAUUGCUCCCAGUAGCGACUGAUGCGACUUUACUACAACAAUCCUACCCGUCGAACCACGUGGAGUACUUCUACCAGCACUUGGGUCACGGGAAAUGCGUGUAUCAAAUGCAAAAAUGUCUGGGUCUGGAAAGUUGCAAGAUUUGUGAUGCAUCUCGCGGACCACACUCAUGGUCUGUAAUGCAGACAGAAGCAUCACAGACUUUUUGAGACCUUCCUCAUGCCUCUUCCGCAUGAGAAAUUCGCCUUUUGCCUAGCGAGAAUUGGGUAACUGUUGGCGUUCAUGCAGCACAGAUUUUCUCGCGAUCCAGAUUUCGCAUGACAGGCUUCAUUCUUCCAGACCCAGACAUAUUUGCAAUGCAUAGCGUGCACACGCAGAACAAACGGGAAAACUUGUCCAAACUAACGCGAACUUUCGUCGCCGGGAAAGACUCGGUAGAUGGGAAAAUCACGAAGGAAUUAGCGGAGGAUAUGACCCGCUCAGACGUUACAAUCUCAAACGUUACAUCAAUAGAAUAUGGGAAUCUGUGAUGCAAGAGUGCAUGAUCUAGCCAACUCUCAUACGAUUGCGCAUGACAAGUUCCGGAGCCCCAAACCCACCUGAAAUCCGGCAAGAUUUGUAUUGCGAAAAGCCCAAUUCUCUCUGCGUUCCUCAUGCUCUUCAUGCAAAUAGAAUUUCCGGAUUCUAUUGUAACGUUUGAGAUUGUAACGUUUGAGCAGGCCAUAGAAGAGUGCUUCUAUGAACUGCAAAAGUAUCGUAUUCGUAUAAAUGCAUGACAAACCUCCUCAGCAUGAGAAAUGAAAUUUGUAAUGCGAAUCUACCUUAAGAAAAAGAUUUGUAAUGCGUGACUGCAAUACGAGUACGAUACUUUUGCACAGGAUAGCUUCAACUUCUGCGACAUUCUCGCGCUGAGGAACAACCUAUGCAUUGCAAAAGUAUCGCAGUCUGGAAAAGUGGAACUUGUGUUGCAUGUCUUGCAUUCCUGAAAAAUCUGUAUUGCACAGCCACGAAGAAAGGCGCCGCUUUUUCGUCCUGCAAAAACGCAGUUUGUCAUGCGUGCUACGCAUCAGACGGCGUCAAGUAUACUUGUCAUGCUUGGCUGCGCUUGGGAGCGCCAGCAGUCUUUUAUCCAUACUGUAGCAUCACAGGUUUCCAGACAUCCAGGGAUAUUUGCAUUUGAUACAACCCGUUCAAACACACGACUGA